UAAUAUGACCUUGUCCGUGGUGCAUCAUUCACUGUUUGCUUACAUAAAGCGCUUGCCCGUUUGCUCCCUUAACUUUUGUUUCUCUCUACUUUAACUUGCACAACGCCCGCCGACCUCUCAUCCUGCCUACGAACCGAGCGAUCCUUUCAAGCAUGGCUGAACCGAGCAAUCACGACGGCAACGUGGUGCUGGUUCUUGAUGAUGGGAACACGGCGGCGGAUGCGAGGGAAAUACGUGUGCAGGAGGGAGAGUGGGCCGCGGAGGCCGCGCAGCAAGUGCGUAAGAUGAGUGCCAAUGGAGAUGUUAGAGGGAUCAGUGCAAAGAACGGGGCCGCAGUGCUCCCUCAAAACGUUCAAGGCGUCAGUCUCACCCAGACCAGCUCUCGCGCAAGCAACAGCUUAGUCGGCGUCGCUCACGACCAACUGCCCGCUGACGGCGACAGCGACUACUUUAUCACGGAAAUCGACGACCGCCUGUCGUACCGUCAAGGCUGGCCACUCCUGCCCGUCCUCCCAGUCCGCACGUCUCAUGGAAAUGUUCCUAAAAUUUACGCCCCGUCCCACCCACACCGCGUCGAGUUCCGCAAGAUCCUCGCAGCUCACAACGUUACAGUCCAGCAGCUCGAAAUCGCGCACCGCUUCAACGACGGCAAGGCUAUCAAUAGGUCUACGCUCACGCUUUGCGUCCUGUCCGACUCAAAAGAGAGCUUCAAGUGGGCAGAUGCAAUCCAGGGUCUUCGGAGCUACAUUCAAGAAAAGGACCUGACCCUCGCCAUCGAACUCAUCGACCACCGCAUCUUCCGCGGCCUCUACACGCUGCCCAUCGUGAGCACCGACGUCUUUCGCGACCCCAGCCACAAGGCCAGCGACCUACCACCACACUCCCUCCAGUCUCUCAUUAAGAAGCACAAGCACGGCAUCGUUAAGAUGCUGGAUGAGAGUGGGUCGCCAUGGACGAGCUUAGAGUUCUGGUGGCGAGGACUGGGCAGGACGAGGGAGGAUUGCACGCCGACGGUGCUGAUUGGGACGCCGGUGCCGCAGAAGAAGAUAUGGUGGGAGCAGGUGAUUCCGGAGGUGAAGCGGAAGAUGGGUGCGAAGGCGGAGAAGGAGUGGGUGGUUGAGAUCUGUUGGAGGGAGGUGGCUAAGGUGCAGAGGGAGCCUUGAGAGGCGGAUGCAGAGAGAGACGUCGGCGGUGAUUUUACUCGGCCGAUGUAAGGGUAUGAGAGGAUCUGUUGACGUACGGAUAUUUCUGGCCCGGCGUAGAAUGGAUGGAUGAGCCGAGAGAAUGGUCUCGUUGUACUACGAGACGCUCCUCGCGUUUGCAGCGCUUGAUGAGCAAGCAUAUGUAGUCUGAAUGCCAAGAUUACGAUAUUCUGGAUUGCCUUCAAAUGAAUAUUCUGCGACUGUUGGAACGUGAAGAGCGAUCCUAGACAAUGGACAUGGUAUCCACAUGUGUUCAUUCCCCAUACUGUUACAUACUUAUAGAGUCCUUUUCCCGUAUCAUUACCAGAUAGCCACCCAUAGCCUGCCCAUACAUG